CCUAUUAUUACCGGUUCUACCUACUGGUAUUGAGCGCUUUCGUCCUCGCCUAUCCGAUUUGCGGACCCAAUUGCAAGUACAUUUCACGCCGUUGGCGAAGAACAAACACAUCAACAACAAGGACCAGCGGGAAGGCAAGAUACCAUUAUACCAUCGGCAUCUUCCAGGCACGGAAACUCUGGCGGCUUUGAUUUCACAAAGAAGAUAGCGGACACAAUCUCAAGCCUCUCUACUUUACUGCUGUCUACCUCUCCAGAUAUUUCUAUUCGUUACCAUGCGACUUUUGACCCACAACUUCUUGCAGUCCAACGUGAAGGGAACCGAAAAGGGUUACCCUCUGGGCAUUGAACGAGGAGCGGAACUUUCUGUGGAAUCGUCGCCUGUGAAUCGCAAUCUGGUGCUCAAGAUGCUUAACAAAGUCGACUAUUCGGCGCUGGUGUCUAUCACAAACAAUCUACGAGAAGAACGCCAAGAAGAUAUCCCAGAGCUACCACCCUCAUUGCCUGAAACCUUGGAAGAAGAGACCAUUGCCAACUACCACAAGGUCCUCUUUGAUGUCCAGCUGGUCAAUGGCUUUCUGGUAUGCCCGGACACGGGACGCAAGUUUCCUGUCAAGGAUGGAAUCCCAAACAUGAUUCUACACGAAGAUGAAAUCUAAGGAAGAUGUCAACAACAACCAGCACUCUUUGGGGGCCAUUCUUACAACACAAAAGCAGCCGUUUGGUUGCAUGCUGGUUUAGUGUUCCUGGAAGGAGAUUCCAUCACGUUGCUCUGGGCAAACUGUACAAUAGAACAUUAGGUAAUGAACGAACGAUUUUGUUCAUUCCCUGGUUUGUAAAUCUAGAAAUCAACUCAAGAACAGUGGACACUCGUUGAGAAAGUCGUGAAGAAUUCCCGGGCCCGAGAUUGGAAGCCGUAGCUACAUGUACGGUUCAAGUACAUGGCAUGUACUGGAAUGUACUUGAACCGUACAUGUAGUAAUCUAGGCUUGAUAUGUUAGAUGCACGUUGGGAGUUAAUAAUGUAGCCAUCCAGUGUAUCGGUAUGUCAGUACGACCUCAGGAUGUGGAUAGGAACAUUAUGAUGGAAUUAGCUGAGGUAGCUAACUAGCUGGCUGCUCACACAAUCGUAGCGACCGUGAAUUAGGUCAAUUGGCCAUUGAUAGCUUGAGCGGCCCACUGGAAGAUGCCUACUGUAUGAUGAUUGGCCUUCAAUGAACACAUCAUACCGUACAUCUCAAACAGGCACAGGAAACGUUCAAAAAUCUUUGUAGCUAGACCUGGAGGUCCAGAUGACAUGCUUUCCAAAUCCGAUGCCCACAAGUCCUCGUUGGUGUAAGGUUGCUGGAUGCUGAGAAGCAGGCUCUCAAAGCUUACAACCAAACACAUGGCUGAGAUGCAGGGUAUUAGUACCGGUACACUGUAUUAGCCCUCAAACCAGGUUUGAGGACUGUAGCCCACCAACACCCUGCUGGCGACUCUAUCAAGCUCUUUGCCACCUUCGCUCAGUCAAGAGAGCAACGAGACCCGACAUCAACACAAUAGUAUCAAACCAUUAGCUAGUGUUAUCCAACUCUGAACACUGCUCCUAUUACCAUACAGGAGACAGGAGCAGGUGUUUAAACACACUGUAUCAUCAGGUAUAGAAGUUGUGUAAUAGACCAUCAAAAGUUCUCUGGUCAGUUGCAUUUAUCAAAUGUACAUGAAUACAAUAAUAUAGAGCUUUUUGAGUUGAUCGUAUAUGAUACAGUCCCCCCUGGUAGGGGUAUCCACGAACUGGGCUCUUUCGGCGUACCGUACAAGAAUAGCUUGAGGUUUCGAACGAUCAUCAAAAUAAAUUGUCAGCAUUUACAUUGAUGCCCGAAAUCAACUCAACACAUCUCAAGCCAACAUAUAUCGUAUAUCAAAUUAUAGCGGCACACAUACAUCUAGUGCCUCGUGAAAAUUUCGGUUUGUCUUUACGGAUGCUUCGGAUGUGCAUGCAUUAUUUGCUCUUGUCAUUGGUUUGGUUCGUUAACUGGUUGCGAUAAUCAUUCGCUGCUCGUUCCAAAAAUCCAGUGCCAGCCAGAGUUGGCGGUUAGAUAACGAAGCGGAUUAACUUGAUCUUGAAUGGUGGCGCCAUGAACCGAACCAAACCAAACCGAAGUCCCAGCCUAAUUCUUGAUGGCUUCAGAUGAAGCGGGAUCUUCGAGCGAAGGGAAUUGGAAUAUGUUGACAUUGGCUCGAUCUUUCUUCAAAUGAUUCAAUGUUCCUCUUCGAAACUUGACGAUUUCCAACCACUGUGUUUUCUCCUGGCCUUGCUGCAUUGCCCUGGCUUCCGUUGCGAUUUGCUGAAGGAACAUAUCCGCCGUAGUCAACAGCUUGUCAACCUUUUCAAGAUGAUCCUCUUGGCUUGUUUUCGCAUCCGGGGAAGGCCAUUCCAAUUCCAGCAAACCCUCUUGAAUCUGACGAAUCGUUCGCGACAACUCUUCGUCAUAAAACUCGAGCGGGGACUUCGUCAUGGUCUGCUUCGUGCAAGAAGGUGGAACAAUGAGCUGCUCGUUGUGUCUCCUUUUUGAGACCCCCAAAACCAACGUUUUGGCUAAAA